AUGGAUUUUGUAAUACCCCUACCGAAGUCUCGGCGAGGUAACACAGUGCUCUUACUAUUCCAAUGCGCAUUCACGGGAUAUGUGAUGGGCAAGGCUAUGGCAGACACGACUGCUCUGAGAGUAGCUCAAGCUUUUGAAGAGUGCGUGUACCGGAGGUUCGGUGCACCUUCCCUCAUCAGGCAUGACAGGGACCCUCGAUUCAUGAGGGAGGUGUUCCAGUCGUUCACCGAAAUGUUGCAGUCAAGGCGAUGUCCUCGUCGCUCAAACGAGGACUCGGUCGACAGUCAGAUGCACUGGCAUGGCGCCGAGAAGUGA